AUGAAGGACAAGAAGCGAGACGCUGCAGACGAUGCUCACACUCCUUUAGCUCACGAUGACGCCAUCUGGUCAGUUGCCUGGGGAAAGAAUAAAAAAGAUGGUUCCGAAACAGUGAUCUCUGGUUCCUUGGAUGAUCUGGUGAAAGUCUGGAAGUGGAAUGAUGAAAAACUGGAUCUCCAGUGGACUUUAGAGGGCCAUCAGCUGGGGGUGGUAUCCGUGGAUAUCAGCCAUACGGGUUCCAUUGCAGCAUCCAGCUCCCUCGAUGCCCACAUUCGCCUUUGGGAUUUAGAAACCGGCAAACAGAUCAAGUCCAUAGAUGCUGGACCUGUUGAUGCUUGGUCUCUGGCUUUUUCACCUGAUUCCCAGUACCUUGCCACAGGAAGUCAUGUGGGAAAAGUAAAUAUUUUUGGCGUUGAAACUGGAAAAAAAGAAUACUCUCUGGACACUAGAGGAAAGUUCAUCCUUAGCAUUGCAUAUAGUCCAGAUGGAAAAUACUUAGCCAGCGGAGCAAUAGAUGGCAUUAUCAAUAUUUUUGAUAUUGCAACUGGAAAACUUCUGCACACGCUAGAAGGUCAUGCGAUGCCUAUUCGGUCACUGACAUUUUCUCCAGAUUCCCAGUUACUCGUAACUGCUUCAGAUGACGGCUAUAUCAAGAUCUAUGAUGUACAACAUGCAAACUUGGCUGGCACAUUAAGCGGUCACGGAUCCUGGGUAUUAAAUGUAGCAUUUUGUCCUGACGAUACUCACUUCGUUUCCAGUUCAUCUGAUAAAAGUGUAAAAGUUUGGGAUGCUGGAACAAGAACCUGUGUUCACACUUUCUUUGACCAUCAAGAUCAGGUUUGGGGAGUGAAAUAUAAUGGAAGUGGUUCCAAAAUUGUAUCUGUUGGAGAUGACCAAGAAAUCCAUAUUUAUGACUGUCCACUUUAAACAACCUCAUGCCU